GUAGCCAUGGCUCCUUCCCCGCCAUUCUCGCUCCCUAACACAGCGUUUACCUCCUAUUUUAGUUAUUCACGUGAAAGGUGCGGCUUACUAGUAACGUUUACAUGUCCCCGUAACCCUGUGGGCGACAGCUACCUGCCGCAUCUCCGUUACUUUAUGCGACCAUUGAUUUCGUACCUAAUCGCCCACUUCACUGCAUGCCACACUAUCAUUUUAGGGCGCGCCACGCGAAGACCUUAUUAGCAAGCUCUAAGGCAUUUCCUCGCCGGUGCGCCCAAGUACCUCGCCCGUUGCCUCGCUUCCCACUCCCCGCUCCUCGCAGCAGCUGCGAGAGCGCUGCCCCGCUUUCCCACUCUUCCGCAUUCCCUGUUUUCCGCCCUGCCCACUGCAUCUGCCUGCAUCCGCCUCCCCGAUUUCCCCCACUCAAGCUGCCACUGCUUUUCCGCUUUCCGCCCAAUCCGCUAGCCCGCGUUCCCGCGGUCCCGCUUUCCGCUUUCCCGCGUCCCCACUUCCCCCCAGCACCCAUUUUCCCCUCCCUUUCCCAUCCUCGUCGGCCAUCCCAUGUCUUCCCGUCGCCAAUCCCUCCCUUCCUAUCCCCACGCCCUUCUCUUUGCGUAGCUCAUUGGUCCAUUCCCUCACUCAAGCUCUUACCUUGUCCUCCCGCUCCUCCCCCUGUUAUCCCUCCCAAUAUUCCCACCAUAUCCCUAUAUCCCCUGUUUUCCUCACACUGCCCUUCUCUCUCUCCCGCGUUCCGCCCAUCUCUCUCUCCGCCGCAGCCCACCUCACUCUCCCCCGCUCUGCCCACCUCUCUUCCCCUCCCACUGGCUACCUCUCUCACGCCUACUCCACGUCAUAAUUCCUCCAACUCCCUUCCCUCGUUACCCUUGCUCUGCCCACCUCUAUCCCCCCAGCUCUUCCGAAGGUGGGCUCUGGCGGGGGGGAAAGCCCUGGUCGCUAUCUAGGAACUCCCUCCCUUCCCUUCCCAUCCCUCCUUUCUCACACUCUCAUCUGCCCAUCUCACACUCCCCGUAUUCCCUCAUUCAUCUCACUACCUAUUUCUGCCCCCCCCCCAGCCUCUCUCUGAAGCGGUCCUUGUAUUCAUGCCCAAACCUGAGUACAGGGCUCGGCUCUUCAGGGGUUUGACAAACCAUGCAUCCUAACCCUCCUCUGCCCCGCUAGCCUAAGCCUGCUCCCAUUCUCACCUCCUACUUCCAUCCUGUAGGUUGCAAGGUGCGUAGAAAAGGAGGUGAAUAACGCCUAGGCUAGAGGCCCCUGGCUGAUCCUAGCUAGACUGUUAGGGGUUUCCUAGGUUGUGCUGCAUUGUGUGUCUUGUUCUUGCCUUAGAAAAAAUGGCGCUCACGACCGCUUGCUUGCUUAUGUUUCAAAACCAAACUUUGCACUCAGUGGGAACUGGAUCCUUGCUAUUUUUAAGUUGUGUGCUUCAUUGU